CGGUAUAUCGUUUGUUUGUGAGACUCCCACUCUACCACGUAGACAGCCGCCACAUAGCACGAAAGCAUGAAGUUCAGUAAUCCUGACAUAGCAGUCCAAAAGCCGAUCCCGGCGCCCCUGGACACUGAGUACCCGGUCACUGCGUGGGGUGUGGACCAGUGUGGGGAGAGUUUCAAACAGUUAACUAUCUACCGGCCUCAAGUAGGCAAACACGAUGUCAAGUUCGAGCUAAAGUUCUGUGGAAUUUGUCAUUCUGAUGUCCACAAUGUGCUCAAUGAGAUGUCUGAAAAAUGGGGAUCAACGUACCCAAUUGUACCGGGUCACGAGUUAGUGGGGACAGUGGUGGAGGUGGGAGAGAAAGUGAGCCGAGUAAAGGUGGGGGACAAUGUGGGGGUGGGUUGCAUCAGGGAUAGCUGUCUGAUUUGUGAGGUGUGCCACAAGGGUGAGGAGUGCUACUGUGUUAAUGGCUUUACACACACUUACAAUACUCCUAAGAAGAAGGAAAACUGCCACAUAGGAGGAAACCCGGAGGUACAGAACUGGGGAGGUUACUCUGAGUUUGACGUGGUCCACGAACACUUCAUAAUCAAGAUACCAGAGGGGAUGCCACUGGAAAAGGCAGGACCUAUCCUGUGUGCAGGGAUCACAAUGUGGUCUCCACUGAACCACUGGGGAGCAACAAACACGGAAAAGAAGCUGAAUAUCGGGAUAGUCGGGAUCGGGGGACUGGGCACAAUGGGCAUCAAGUUAGCGGCCGCUCUGGGACACCGAGUUGUGGCCAUUUCCAGCAGCGACAAGAAGAUCGAUAUAGCAAAAUCUAAAGGAGCGGCGGAUUAUGUUGUGUCCAAAGAUGCUGACUCAGUGGGGAGGGAGCGAGGAAAGUUAGACCUGAUCAUUAACACUGUCUCCGCUCCACACGACAUAGCUCCUUACAUCUCCAUGCUGAAGACUGACGGUACUCUCGUCCAACUGGGCUGCAUUGCAGCGCCCAUGCAAUACAAUCAGUUUAUGCUAAUAUUGAAGAGGAUAUCCAUUGCUGGUUCUCUGAUCGGCGGAAUCCCCGCCACGCAGGAGGUGGUGGAUUUCUGCUUUAAAAACGAGAUAUACCCGGACAUAGAGCUUGUAGAAGCAGGGCAGCUGGAUAAAAUUUACACUGAGCUUCAGGAGAACAACAGUACGGCGGUCAGGUACGUGCUGGAUAUCAAAAAGAGUCUGGAGACGACCAAAUAAUAAGCUUUUCUUAAACAGCAGCAAUUAUGUGGCUCCAGAACCUUCUCCGUGUUAAAAAAUCAGUUGAUCGUUCAAGUAGAAAAGUUAGCUUUUUAAAUGAUUCUUUUUGUUUAAAUUUUGUAUUGAAUUGGUAAAUAUACUCGUAAAUAUUUCUUUUAAAUUCAGCUUAUAAACUUCUAUUCCUGUUUCUUCUAAUCUAGUAAAAUCGUGAUUUAGUGAAUUUGUUGAUUAUAUUUUUAAUUUGUUGCAGCUA